UUCAACUCCCAGAGUUCCUCAGCCAGCUUUGCUCUGUCUUAAAGGAGCCACGUUGGAAAAAUAUACAGUGGGGCAAGGAAAUCCAAGUUCAAUUCGCGUCAGGCCAAAAUAUCAGCCGCCUAAGUGUGGCGUCACGAUGCAAGGCCCUUCUACCCCUGCGCAGGAUGGCAGCCGCAGUUGGGCUGUGAAGGAUGCGGCUGACUCGAAAGCGGCUCUGCUUCGUGUUGUUGGUGGCAUACUUGGUUUUUUCCCUCUACGCGGCUUACAGCGUCUUCCUGAAGCCUCGCCGGCCUGCCGCCUCACGAGCGGGCCAGCGGGAGAAGCAGGGGCAAGAACAUGUUGUUUUGGGAGUUGAAGAAUGGAAUCCUUGGGAAGUUAAUGAGAAAAUUUAUUUGCAGCAGAAAUCUGCAAGUAGCUUUCAGAUGCUGAAAAAGAUAUCAUUGCAACAAAAACCCACAGACUUCAGAGUACAAAUUUGGGGAAAAGCUGCUAUUGGCCUUUAUUUAUGGGAGCAUAUCUUCGAAGGUUUGCUUGAGCCUGCAGAUAUAAAAGCUCAGUGGAGAGAAGGAAGCACAAAAAUAGGAAAAUCAUAUUUCAGUUUCAUCACAGGCCCAUCUGUUGUUCCUGGUUACUUCUCUGUAGAAGCUGACACUGUCGUCUUAAUAUUGAAUGGCAGAGAAGAGGGAAAGAUCGCCUACGCCACUCAGUGGCUACAAUAUGCACAAACACUAAUGCAAACACACAAGCUGCAGCAUGUUGCUGUUGUGUUGCUUGGGAACGAACAGUGCAAAAAUGAAUGGAUUUUUCCUUAUUUAAAAUCCUAUGGAGGAUUUGUAGAACUAUUUUUUCUAAUAUAUGACAGCUCCAUAGUAAAUGAAGAAGAUAUUUUUCAGUGGCCUCUAGGAGUAGCAACUUAUAGACAUUUUCCUGUGGUUGAACCAAGUUGGUCAAUGCUCCAAGGACCAAGACCAUAUCAGUGUAACUUCCUGGGAACUGUUUAUAAGAAUUCAUCUAGAGAAAUUGUAUUGGAGAUAUUGAUGCAAAGUGGGCUUCACAAGCUCUGUUGGAUUUCAGUCAGAGAACAGUGGAUUCCUCAAGAAACUAAUGAGAGUUUGCAGAUCUAUCAAAAUGCAUUGUUGGAGAGUGAUCUUACAUUAUGUCCAGUGGGAGUAAAUACUGAAUGCUAUAGAAUCUAUGAAGCUUGUUCAUUUGGCUCUGUUCCUGUGGUGGAAGAUGUAAUGACACCAGGCAAUUGUGGAAAUUCAUCUGUGCACCAUAGAGCACCACUGCAAUUACUAAAGACCAUGGGAGCUCCCUUUAUCUUUAUUAAAGACUGGAAAGAGCUUCCUGCUGUUUUAGAAAAAGAGCAAAAUAUGACUCUACAACAAAAGAUUCAAAGAAGGAAAAUACUUAUGGAAUGGUAUCAGCAAUUCAAAGCACAAAUGAGACAAAAAUUUGUUAGCACUUUAGAAAAAGCAUUCUUACCUAAGGAUAAAGGUGAUUGAUUUCAACAUGAACUGAAAUAUGGUUUCUUGCAGCAUUUCAGUGAAAUAUCAUUUUUUAAAGAAAAUACUUUUUGUCAUCUAUUGUAAAUAAAAUUCAUCUAGGAAAAAUAAAUGCAUAUCUGUAAUGUAGAAAUGUUGAAUGAAUGUUGACUCUUCCUAAUAUGUGUACACAUGACAAAUUUAGUUGAAAUACACUUUUAAACUGUAGUCAUUAUAUCUGCUUGCCAGGAGGAAACUUAUUUAAACUCAGCAGAUGUGCCCUCUGUGAUAAUGUGUAGAAUAUUUUUCAUUACCUGUGCCUCAUUACCUAUUAUUUGGAUGCUAUUUUUACUUAUUUGGUUUUUCUUUUACUCCAGUAAAAUAAAUUAUAAAGAGUUUGUUUGGAAAGUAGAUCUCACUAACGAAAAAAAUUGCUUUGAUUUUUUUCAAUAAAAUGUAAGUAAUUAAAAUUAUUCAGCUAUUUUCACAGCAAAGCAGAAAUUCACUGUUUAGAAAUGGUAUU